CUGGAGUAGCCGCCGUUCGUAGCGUUUGCGUCACGGGGUCUCACGUAAGAAAGGAAAGAUGGCUGCCGCUGUGCUAGCUACCCAUGUAACUCUUCUUGCUUCUACUUUGGGAUAUUGAAGCAAAGCUGUCAUGGAGAAGCAGAGAAGGCAACUGACUCCUGAGCAAGAUGCCCUAGAGCACAUAGUUGCUUGUAGAGACAAACCCUUCCUGGAGGAAAGGUUUAUAGACUCCUUUAAAGGGAGAGGAGUGUUCACACACAAAGCCAUUGAACCAUCCACGUUUGUUGUUGAAUAUCGUGGGCACACAUUUUCUCACAAAGACACAACACCUAAUGUGUGUGAUACUCUGAACAAUUAUUUGUUUGAGUUUUCAUGGAAAGGAGCACAAUGGUGCGUUGAUGCUUCAAAAGAGGAUAGGACCCUUGGAAGACUCGUGAAUGACGAUGACGUGAGUCCCAACUGUGAAAUGAAGAAAAUUGUUUGCGAGGGAAAGCCACACUUGUGCCUGUUUGCAGUGAAAGAAAUAUCUCCAGGCGAGGAGAUAACUUACAACUAUGGGGACUCUUCUUAUCCGUGGCGCUCAAGGUACUCCUUUGAUGGCUCAAGUACCUCAUACACAGACUUUUAUGCUACUUCAUCAACACCAAGGACUGAAAGGCUUGAGGACUCGGCAGCUUCCAGCUCUGAAAAUUCCUGCUCUGAUGAUGAUGACGAACUACCUGACAGUGGACCAAGUCAUGAUAAUGACAGUUUUGCCAACAUCAACAGUCAGCUGGACUUGAGGGACUAUUCACCUUUUACAGAUUUAGAUUCCUCUCAAGAGAUGACGGGGACCUUUAUGCUGCAACCAGAUGACGCUUCAUGCACCCAGCAGGAUGACGAGGAUGCUUUCAACCCUGGUGAACUCAGCUGGGAUGAAGACUACGGACCCAGCAAGGCUGUACGAAAGCCCAAGAACCCUUCUUACACCAGUAAAAAUUAUUGUUAUGUUUGCGGGGUAGGUUUUACUAAAAUUGCUCGACAUCUUUUAAGGCAUGCUGAUGAAGAGCCUGAUAUCGCUGAAGCUUUUGCAUUUCCCAAAAAAUCCAAGGAACGAAAAAGGUUACUUGAUGAUUUACGGAACAGGGGAAAUUACAAACAUAAUCAAGAGGUGUUGAGGAAUAACAGUGGAAAGUUAAAACUGAGAAGACGACCGACAUCCGUGGUGUUCGAUGCUAAAACACACGUGCACUGUCUAUAUUGUAAAGCCAUGCUUAAACGUAAGGAAAUGUGGAGGCAUGUAGCCAGAUGUCCUUCAAGGACGUCAAACUCUGCAACAGAUGGAAAGACAAGAAUCUUAAGUGAGAUUGCUCUCACAGAGUCACCAUUCUCCCAAAAACUUCCAUCUGGUGUGUGGAAGAUGCUCAUAACUAUGAAACCAGAUGAAAUUGCAUUCGCUGUUCAAAAUGAUUUCCUUCUAAUACAGCUGGCACAAUAUCUGUGCGAGAAGUAUAGAAAUAAUCCAAAUAAACAUGAUUACAUCAGACAGAAGCUGCGAGAAAUGGGAAGACUUCUGUUAGCACUGCAUGAAAAGUCAAUAUUUAGCUUCGAAGAUGCUAUCAAACCCAGAAACUUCUACAAAGUUGUUGAGGCUGUCAAAGACAUCACUGGGUUCGAUAAAAAGAUGCAGAGCUAUAACAAACCAAGUCUUGCUUUGAAAUUAGGACAUUCACUCAAAAAAAUAGGCGCCAUUGUCCUCACUAAACUUGAUGGAAAUGAGCAGAUGAUGAGAGACACAAAGACAUUCAUGAAAUUGUGUGCAAAAGAAUGGAGUGAGCUUGUCUCCCAAACAGCCCUCGCUUCGUUGGGUGGACGAAAAGUAAAUAACCCGUCCACCAUACCAUUUACACAUGAUGUGCAGGUUUUCUACAGGUACCUGGAAACAACAUCAACUUCUUUCACUGAAAACCUGAAGAUGAAUGAAAGCCCACAGGGGUACAAUGCACUUUGCCGAGUGACACUUGCACAAGUGUCAGUCUUAAACAAAUGUGCACCUGAGGUUUCAAAAAUGACACUGAAGGCAUUCCAGGAGAGGGACGACACUACCCGAGUGUUGUCCAAGCACUUCAUCAGAAUAAAUAUUCUGAGCAGGACUGGCCAAAACAUUGCUGUCUUGCUGACCUCUGAACUUGUCAGCACAAUAACACUGCUUGUGAGCAAGAGAAAAGCAUGUGGCGUACAUCAAGACAAUCCUUUCUUGUUUGCAAAGCCUAACUCUUCUUCUAUAAGCCUCUACCACGGAGGGAACUGCAUCAGGGCUUUUUCAAGCCUGUGUCGUGCAAAGAACCCAGAGCAUCUCAGAUCGGUGCAUCUUCACAAGCACAUUGCAAGAAUCUUCCAGUUUCUCAACCUGGAGAACGACGAGCUUGUUCACCUUGCUAAGCUGUUGGGCCAUGACAUCCGGGCUGACAGGGACUAUUAUCGGUUGCCAGAGGCAGCCGUGGAACUUGCAAAAAUAGCGAAACUUCUUCUGGCAAUGGAAAAGGGUUCUCUUGAAAGAUUCAAAGGAAACUCUUUGGAGGAAAUUGAGAUUGAGGAUGAAUUGGAGCCAGAUGUGGAGCAGGGCAACCCUGAAAAUGGUGAUGCUGAGGAGGACAAUGAAGAAUCAGAACUUAAACGUCAGCAGAGUGAUGCUGUGGAACAACAAGGCAGGCAACUGACUCCUGAGCAAGAUGCCCUGGAGCACAUAAAGGCUUGCAGAGACAAACACUUCCUGGAGGAAAUGUUUAUUGACCCCUUAAAAGGGAGAGGUGUGUUUACCCAUGAAUCCAUUGAACCAUCCACCUUCGUUGUUGAGUAUCGGGGGAAGAUCUCUGCCAUCUCUCACCAAGAAACCAGGAGAAAGAAAUGUGGUUAUACUCUGAACAAUUAUUUGUUUGACUUUUCAUGGAAUGGAACAAACUGGCGCAUUGAUGCUUCGAAAGAGGAUGGGACCCUUGGAAGACUCGUGAAUGACGAUCACAUAAGUCCCAACUGCAAAAUGAAGAAAGUUGUUUGUGAGGGAAAACCACACUUGUGCCUGUUUGCAGUGAAAGAAAUAUCUUCAGGCGAGGAGAUAACUUACAACUAUGGGGACUCCUCUUACCCGUGGCGCUCAAGGGAAUCCAGUGAGGAACUGAAUUCAUCACAAAUCAACCUAAAUGCUGCUGCAUCUUCACCAGUGGAUGAAAGUAUUGAGGACUCAGCAGGAUCCUCCAGUUCUGCAGAAUCCUGCUGUGAUGAGUACAUACCUGAUGGUGAACCAAGUAGCGAUGACAGUUCUACCAGCAGCAACAACCAGCAGUGUCAAAAUUUCAAGAACAAUCCAGAUCCAGAUUCUUCUAAACAGCAGGGCUUUGUGCAUCAACCCGUCGAUGCUUCAUGCAUCCAGCAGGAAGACGAGGCUGAUUACAGCUCUGAUGAUUUUACCUCUGAUGAAGAGCCCGAAGGCACUUCCCACUCCAAUAAAAAUUAUUGUUACGUUUGCGGGAAAGCUCAAUCUAAAAUUUCUCGUCACCUUUUCACCCAUAGAAAUGAAGAGGCUGAUAUAGCUGAAGUGUUUGCACUACCCCUAUACUCCAAGGAACGAAAUAGGCUACUGGAUAAGUUACGAAACAGAGGAAAUUACAAACAUAAUGAAAAGGUUUUGAAGACUCACCGUGGAGAACUGAAAGUGAGAAGAAGAAAACCAAACAUGUCCACCGCUGCUAAAACAUAUGCACUCUGUCUAUAUUGUAAAGGCAUGUAUAGUCGUAAGGACAUGUGGCGACAUAUGCAAAAGUGUUCUUCAAAGAAGUCCUCAGAACCUCCAAGACGUGGCAAGAGUAAAGUCUUAACUUUGGUUGUUGCUGCAGAGUCAACAGACCCCAAAGAAAUCUCAGCAGAUGUGAGGAAGAUAUUAAAAAAACUGAAGAAAGAUGAGAUUGCAUCUGUAGUUUUGAGUGAUUCCCAUAUACUGCUGCUGGCACAGUGUUUGUGCCAUAUGAAUGAAGGUAAAACAAAAAGACAUGAAAACAUCACACAGAGGCUGCGGUUAAUGGGAAGGCUCCUGUUAACAUUAAGGAAAAAGUCGAUAUGUAGCCUUGAAGAUGCUAUCAAACCCCAAAACUUCAGCAAAGUCGUUGAAGCUGUCAAAGAGCUUGCCGGUUUCAAUGAAGAAAUGAAGUCCUGUGAAAGACCAAGUCUUAUGACGAAAUUGGGAAAUUCGCUUAAGAAAAUUGGUGACAUUAACUUCGCCAGGGCUUUGAAAGAGGAUGCUGAUAAACAGACAAUACACGAAGCAGAGACAUUUAUGAAGCUGUGUGCAGAAGAAUGGAGCUAUGUCCCCCAAUCAAAAUCAAGAGUAAACAAACCACCAACCAUACCGUUCACCCAUGAUGUGCAGCUUUUCUACCAGUGUAUGGAGAAGACAGCAGCUUCUGCAGUUGAAAGUCUGACGCUGUAUGAAAGCCCUCAGGUCUACAAUGCACUUCUCAGAGUGACAGCAGCACAAGUGUCAGUCUUAAACAAAAACAUGGUAGAAGUUUCAAAAGUAACGCUCAAGUCAUUCAAGGAAAGGGACGAGACUGAGCUUCAUGAAGAUGCUGCUGUUUGCCAGUCACAGUUUGAGCAAAUUCUGUCCAAGCACUCUGUGAAGAUCAAUGUCAUGAGCAACAGGGGCAAAAAAGUUGCUGUUACGUUGACCCCUAAACUGCUCACUGCAAUAACACUGCUUGUGAACAAGAGAGAAGCAUGUGGUGUACAUAAAAAGAAUCCCUUCUUAUUUGCAAGACCUGUUGCCAUAAGUACAAGCUUCUACCAUGGACACCAGUGCAUCAGCACUUUUGUAGCUCGGUGUGGUGCAAAGAACACGGUCAACCUCAGGUCUGUGUUUUUUCGUAAGCACAUUGCAAGAGUUUUCCAGAUUCUCAGCCUCACGAAUGACGAGCUUUGUGAGCUAGCCAAACUGCUGGGCCGUGACAUUCGGACUGACAGAGAGUAUUACCAGAUGCCAGAGGCAGCUGUCGACAUUGCAAAAAUCUCUGAGCUACUAUCAGCAAUGGAGAAUGGAUCUCUUGAAAGAUUCGAAGGAAAAUCUCUCGAGGAAAUUGAGAUUGCAGAUCUACUGGAGCCAGAUGUGCAGCAAGACAACCCCGAAAACAGUGAUGCCGAAGAGGACAAUGAAGAAUCAGAAAGCUCUUUUCAGCUGUGUGAUGUAAAAAGUGGGACGGACAUUGCUCAGGACAAUGCCACCACAUCCAAAGGUCUUCCCUCCUUUUCGACAACUAAAAAAACCAGCAGAGUUUCUAGAGUUUCUUCCUCGUGGAAAUGUGGCCGAGGCAGGAAGAAGGAGAGUGAAAAUGAGGCAUCUGAGCUGAAUGAUGAGAAAAACGAUGAGGUGAACACAGAAAAGGAUGACGGGUCAGAGGAAAUGCCUGCGAGCUGUGCUGUCAACACACCUGAGGAAACACUUUCUCCUAGCAAUGAGGAUGCAACAAACAUUUGUUUUAGUGAUGACGAUGAGGACAUGAAUGUUGACUUUGACAUGGACAUGGACACCGAUGAGGACAUUGCCAGAAAUGAGGAAAAAGAUGGAGAUGGUGACACAAGCGGCUCAGCAGCAAUGCCUUUGAUACCAGAUGUAAAAGAUGCAACAAAGCAGAACAAUGACAGCAGUGAUGCUAAGAAGAACUACAGCUCACCUAACAAGCACACCACUGUUGCAGACCUUGAAGAGACCAUGGACCUCGAUACAGUGAACCAUGUGGAGAAAGAAGAACAAAAGAAAGGAGGGGAACAAAAUAACUGGGCGGAUGUGGAUAGCAGAAGUCCUGCUGCCAUCUUAGAUGCAGAAAAGAAGAACAAACUAUCAGCUGCAGUGACUGGAAUGAAAGAACUGAAGAUAUUAAUCCCAAAACUGCAAAUUGAGAAGUUUCAGGCUUCAGUCCACAUUUCCCAGUCAUCAUCUGUGUGUAACUCUGUCAAGCGGCCGGUGACAGAUCAGCCCAUCCAGGACAACAACCGGUGUCUAACAUCCUGUACUGACACACACAUCAAAAACAAGCCUAACUAUGCAAAGGUAAUGCAGAUGACCUGCUCGCACUGCAAGACGAGCAUGAUGAAGGGCCAAACUGCUUACCAGAAGAAGGGAUUCACAGACGUCUUCUGCUCCAAAAACUGCCUAUUUGAAAUGUUUCCCAUCAACAAACCAGUGACCAAGACCUGUCAUUACUGUCUCAAGGUGAUAUCGCAGCCUCUGGACCUCAUCAUGGCUGCAGUGGACAUUAAGGGGACUAUGAAGAACUUCUGCAGCGUGACCUGCCUGACCUCUUUUAAGUCCAACACUGUGUCCCCCCAAACACCACAGUCAAUAUGCAGCAUGUGCAACAAAUCCUGCACUACCGCAUGUGAGUUGACCCUGGACGAGGCGGUCCACAGGUUUUGCAGCGACUCCUGCUUGGAAGAUUUCCGCAGGGUCAACGUGGCCGUCUGUGAGAACUGCAGCUCCACCUGCCACAAACCGCUCAGGCUGAAGCUGGAGGAGGGGACCAAAACCAUCUGCAGGGAAGAAUGUCUUGCCGAGUUCAAAGAGAAAAUCAAGACACCCCACAAAUGCACCAUGUGCCACACUUCUCGACCGAUGUCGGACAUGGUUCAUUACAAAAGCGAUGAGAACAUGGUGGAGCUCUUCUGCACUCGCACCUGUGUGACGUCAUACAGACUACGGCCCGCAAUCGUAUACAAGCUUCAAGGAAAGAAAAGCUCAGCUCGGUUGAAGAAGAGGAAAAGAGGCAAGCAAUCAAAACAAAAAUUGAUUAUUAAGGAUGUAAAGAUCACUUCAGACUCCACUGUAAGCGAAAAUGAUGCGUCUGCAGCUGCUGAAUCGGACACCACGCCAACUCUGAUCAUUGCAGACUCGUGCGUUGUCUGUUGCCACUGUGGAAAGAAACUGCCGAGAGGACAGACACUUUACCAGCCGAAGAACUCACUGGAGGUUUUUUGCUCAGCCUCGUGCCUCUCUGAAAGGCAUCCCCACAUCAAAUUAGUCACCAAAAACUGCUACAACUGCUGUCAGGUGAUAAUGCGGCCUCACAACGUCAUCCUGGCUCCGGUGGAUGAUUCAGGAAACAUGAAGGAAUUGUGCAGCAACACCUGCCUCUCUUCUGUCAACUCCAAGAGGAACAUGGCUGCUCCAAAACCCCCACCUCUAGUAGGACCUCGGUCAGAGUGCAGGAUGUGCGCCAAAUUUUGCUUUUGCAAAUUCAAGCUGACCCUGGAUGGCAUAAUGCACAGAAUUUGCAGCGAUGCCUGCUUCAUCAACUACCACAAAGUCAACAACUUGCCUGUGUUUACUUGUGACAUCUGCAGCUCCGUCUGCCUCGACAAACAGUUCAUGCUGAAGAUGGAGGACGGCAGUAAAACCAUCUGCAGUGAAGAAUGUCUGGUCAAGUUCAAAGAGAAAAUUGAGAAACCUCAGCUGUGCCCCAUGUGCCAGACGUCCCACCAGAUGUCAGACAUGGUUGAAAAUAAAAACGAUGAGGGCAGGUUGGACUUCUUCUGUAGCAACAGAUGUAUGAUGGUACACAGGGCUCAAUCUUUCACAGUUUCAGGAAGGAACAGCCCAUCAUUUGAAGAAAAUGACAUUAAAGAAGUGAAACCAUCGCUACCAAAUUUGGACUGUAUAAAAGAAGAGCCCAAUGAUGAUGAGUACAACCAGAAUCUCUCAUCUUCCAUCUCCACAGAAGACAUCAAAGACGAACCUAAUGUGGCUAAGGAGGACUUGAAAAUUGGUUCAGUCUUCUCCUUGAAGGGAGACUCCACGUCGACAGUGCCCACUCUCACCCACAUGGAUUUGCCUGCGUCUUGCUCCAACUGCAAAAAGGUCCUGAUGGACGGAGAGACUGUUUAUCAGAGGAAGGGCCACGCAGAUAUCUUCUGCUCCACCUCCUGCCUUUUGAAAUUUUACCAAAUGAAACAAAUUAAGAAGACCUGCCACUUCUGCCUGCAGGCAAUAACACAGCAUCAGGAUGUCCUCCAGGCCCCGGUGGAUACUGAGGAGACAAUGAAGGAUUUCUGCAGCCAGACUUGCCUGUCCUCCUUCAGCUACAAGAGAAUCAUGUCCACCAAAAUACCCAUUGUGCCACUUGCGUCACAGUCACAAUGCAGCAUGUGCAGCAGAUAUUGCAUCAGCAAACAUGAGGUCAUACAGCAGGGCGUCGUCCAAAAGAUCUGCAGUGAUCCCUGCUUUCUCCGCUUCUGCAACAUGAACAACCUGUCCAUCUGUGAGAACUGUCGCUCUCACUGCAGCACACCUGUCGUUCUCAAGAUGGAAGAUGGCAGCAAAAAACUCUGCAGUGCAGAGUGUCUGGCCCAAUUCAAACGGAAAAUCAAAACGCCGCAGCCAUGUGCCAUGUGCUGCACCUCCCAUUUAAUGUCAGAUAUGGUUGAAAAUAAAAACAGUGAGGAAAUGGUGGAGCUCUUCUGUACCAGCAGUUGUGUGAUGGCAUCCAAGAUCCAGGCUGUCAGUGCAUCAGGUACUCCAUUGAAUUGUGAUAACUGUGGGAAGAUGACAAUACCAGCCUGCCACCUUGCCAUGUCAGAUGCCUCCAUCAGAAACUUUUGCACUCUAACCUGCGCCAUGGCUUUUAAGGAGACCCAGAAAGACAUGAAUGCUGCCACUAACCCAACAGGAGCCCUUGACCAAACCCAAUGGGAUUUCCUCAAACCACCAGAGAAACUGCCAUGUGCUCAGUGUCGGCGCAUUAUAAAAGCUGCACCCAAAGUCAUCCAGAAAAAGGGCAAAAUGAAUUUUGUGUGUAGCCUGGCCUGUUCUCAAGAGUUUAAGAGGGUCAACAACAUCACGGGCAAGUGUGAAUAUUGUAAGAAUGAAAGGAUCAUCAGAGAUGCCAAGAGGGUCGACAACAAAGACUGCUACUUCUGCAGUGACGGCUGUAAGAUGCUCUUUCGACAUGAGCUGGAAAAGGAGUGGGGGGAACACUGUGGCUCGUGUGCUUACUGCCUCUCCAUCUCUAAGACGGUGGUGACGGCACAGUAUAAAGGCACUGAAGAGAAGUUCUGCUCUGAAGAUUGCAACUCAAAUUACAAAAUGCUCUUCUGCCAUGUUGCCAAGUGUGACACCUGCAGACACGAAGGGAAACUGAGGCAGAGUCUUCCCAUGUUGGGAGAGGUCAAACACUUCUGUGACCUGAAAUGUCUCCUACAUUUCUGCAACAAAAAAGUCCAGAUGGUCAAUACAGUCUCUUCACCUCCUGGAUCUGCAGGCACAGUGGAGUCCUCCCCGGUCAUCGCUAACGUUAUCUCACUUGCUGGCGCUUUGGCCAGGCAGCCCAGUGCCUCUGCCAGCUCUGCACAGCAUGUCUCUGUCCCUGACAUUCAAGCAAAGGUUGUUGGACAUGCCAGUAUUCAAACAGUCCCCAAAGAACUGAAGAACAAGUCCCUGCUCUGCACACCGUUGGUCCAUAACAAAGGAGUCUCCUGUACAACACAGACUGUCGACACAGAAGCGCAGACAGACAACUUUGUACCCAAAGUCAUAGUCCUGCCUGUCCCAGUGCCGGUGUAUGUUCCUUUGCCCAUGAACAUGUAUAGCCAGUACACACCAAAGCCAGUGGGCCUGCCCUUACCGCUGCCUGUGCCCAUGUUUCUUCCUGUGACGCCGGACAGCCAUGACCCAACUGUGAAAUCCAUGAAGGAGAGGAUCCAGCCCGACCCUUUUGAGGGAGAGCCCUACUUCAUGUCUGAAAAGAAGAAAACACAAGAUAGGAACGAGAGAGAGGACAGGCAGAAGGACAGAGUGGUGACAAAAGAGGGACAAAGACAGGAAAUUCACACUCCAAAGGAGCACACCAGUAACUGUAGUGAUGACUUGGAUACAGAUCAUCAGGCCACUUUCAACAACCAGGAAGACUCCUUCUCUGACACCAGCUUUGGGUCGCUCAGUCGACCACACACCCACGAAAACCCACCUCCAGUUUUAGAAGUGGGCAUGCCCAGUGAGGCUCAGCCUGAGCUCCCACCUCCAGCUCCUCCUCCUGCUCUGGAGAUGAGAGAGGACCCCCAGAGCUCACAGAGCCCUGCACCAGCCCGUCCUCUAUUAAAACAAAGUGUGGGGAAAGUCCACAACAAGAAUAAGGAGGGUAAGCUGCAACAGUUGUCCAAGGCAGCUAAAGAGGAGACAUCUCAAAGAGACCUUUCCAAGGCCAUGUCAAAGAAGCACCAUAAACUGAAGAGUCAAUGUGGAAUUGAUGCCUGGAAGAGAUGGAUACAGUGGAGGAAAUCACAAACCAACCUGGACAUCAUUUCUCCACAUGCUGUGACAUUAAAGGAGGAUGUUCUUCUCUGCUCUGUGACCGAGCUGAGUGGCAGCCUCUGUUGUUUCAUCACUGAGGUGAAACAACCUGACGGAGAGCCGUACUCCCCCGACAGCCUGUUCUACCUCUGUCUCAGCAUACAACAGUACCUGUUUAGGAACGGUCGUAUGGAGAACAUAUUCAGUGAUCUGAUUUACAACGAGUUCUCCACCGAGUUCACCAAGAUCCUCAAAGGUUUCAAACCCUCAAUCACAGCCAGCGGUUAUAUCAAUUCACGAGUGGAGGAGGCGUUUCUGUGGGACUGUAAACAGUUGGGGGCGUACUCCCCCAUCGUCCUCCUCAACACUCUGCUCUUCUUCUGUUGCAAGUACUUUGGCUUCACCACGGUGGAGCAGCACCGCCAGCUGUCCUUUGCCCACGUCAUGCGCUGCACCAAAACCAACCAGAACAACACCAAGACCACCUUCCUGCGCUUCUAUCCCCCAAUAUCCAUAAAUGAGGCAGAGUCAGAUUUAGACGGCGUCCCAGCUAAGAAGCGUAAGAAAAAUGAGAGUAAAGAGGAAAUCCCGGAGAUGAUGGAGAACACAGAGAACCCUCUCCGCUGUCCAGUCAGACUCUACGAGUUCUACCUCUCCAAGUGCUCAGAGUCGGUGAGGCAGCGCACCGACUUGUUCUACCUUCACCCUGAUCGCUGUUGUGUUCCCAGCAGCCCUCAGUGGUUCUCCUCCACCCCUCUGGACGACAGCACCAUGGAGGCCAUGCUUGUACGAAUCAUGACCGUCCGAGAUCUGCAGGAGGAAGAUAGAAGAGGUGUGGCCCAGCAGACGCCAGAUGGAGCACCAUUUAUAUCUGACGAGGAGGAUUCAGAAUGAUAUGGGGGUUUUUUUGUUUGUUUUUGGAGAACUGUGUUUAGAUCUGGUUCAUCAGGUUGCAUUUAAUAAUGUGUAAAUUGUGUAAAGAGUUCAGAGAAAUACAUUCCAUCAAACAGAAAUUAAGUCUCUCAAACUCACACCUAAAAUUAGUUGAUCUACAAAAAAAAAAAAAAAAAGAGGCUCUCUCUUCAAGUUAUCUGCAGGUUUUGACGAAAUCAUGACAAAGACUGAAUGUUUUACCAAAUACUGAAGGCUCACUUCCAUGUUUUGGGAUUGCUUUUUAAAUACACUGAUAUUAUUUGAAAAUGUACAACCAGCCUUUAUUUCAAAACAUCUUUAUUUUUGUAAAGCUGUCAAACUUGCAUUAGACCCAUCUAAUUAAGAAAAUGAAGACUGGCCUAACACUACAGACAAGUCUAAAAUAUUUCUGUGAAAUCGUCUUUUCAAUUUUAAAAGAGAAAAGGAAACCUUACGUUAACUGCAAUUUAUACUGUUUUUCAAGUCUUUGGUUUGUUUUCGUUUCCCUCGAGUCAGUUGAAAGUUGAUUCUUUCAGUUGUGACUUGAGAUUGUUAUUUUUAAUAAAUAAAAUGGCUGAAAAGUAAUCCUUGUUUUACCUUACUUUGUAUUACAUUAUUAUACAUAUCUCCAUGCGUGUUGUACACCCACUCAGGUGUUUCCAGUUCAGGCUGAUUGGAUCUCUUCUGUCCGUCCCUGUAACACCUACAGAUCUACUCAGUCAAAAUAAGUGCAAACACAUAUGUGGAUGUACUGUGGCUUUUGAUGAUAUUAAGAAACAACUGUUGACACUGAUGUGAACAGAGGAGUCUUAUUAAUGUGAAUCCUCAUAAUAAACAUGGUGGUUAUCCAGG